AUGUCAUCAACGACGGGGCCCAAGAAACCUGCGUCGGGGGGUGUAGGACGUGUGGCCAACUCUGAACCAGGCGGUCGGUCACCCAGCCCCUCGCUCUCGCGCAGCAGCUCCCAGCGAUCCACGAGUACGACGACGGGUACAGCACCGGCUGGCGGUCACGCUCGGACACGGUCGACCCGCACAGGGACGCCGGUGUCGGCCCGCGCCGCCCUUCAGCGUCGGGACACGAUCAGCAUGAGCAACGCCGAGUCGGACGCCAGGGCUGAGGCUGCCUCGGCCGUCGAGGACCUCCAGCAGCGUCUAGAGAAGGAGGAGAAGCUGUCGGAGCAGUACAGGAAGCAGAACGACGUGCUGCAGUCGAAGCUCGAGGAGGCCAUCAAGGACUCAGGCAAGAUGGAGGAGAGGACGCACGAGCUCGAGGAGCUGGUCGAGUCGCUCAAGAACGAGAAGCGCGAGGCCACCCGCCAGAUCCGGGAGAUGGAAACCAUCUACGAGGCAGAGAAGAGCUCCAUCCUCAAGGAGAAGGAGGAGAUGACCAAUCGAGAGGAGGAGAUGCAGACCGUCAUCCAGCGUCUCAAGGACAGCCUCAGCCAGCGCAACAACAAUAAUACUGACGACGAGAGUCGUACUUCUAGACAAGCCAACUCGUCGUCCCCCUCGUUUGACGGCAACAGCUUCGCCCCUCCGUCGUCCCUCCAGCGCAGCGAUUCCCGCAACAACUCCAAGCUCAUCCUCCAAAAGGACAAGCUCAUCGAGUCACUCCGUCUGGAACUAGCCGAAGCGCAGAUCAAGCUGGUCGAGUCAGAGAACCAGGGCGGCGGCCGCCUACAGGAGGUGGAGCGGCUUCUCAUGGAGGCCCGCAUGGCUAACGCGCGUCUGAUGGAGGACAACGAGAGCUACCAGCUUCUCCUUCAGGAGAGGACGCUCAAGGGCGACUUUGGGCAAAACGACUUCAGCUACAUGGGCAGCAACGCCAACCAAGACGCCCUCGAUGCGCUGGAGGGCAAAGGUGCCGGCAACGGCGGCGGCGGCGGUUCCAGCCUGGCAGACGAGCUCGACGAGGCGGCCGACGACACCAUCAUCUCGACAGCAACUGCGGACGUUGCGGGCGUUGGCGCCGGCGGGGCCGGCGGGGCCGGUGCUUCUGGCGAAGCGGAGCGACGACUGGAGGCGGAGCUCAAGUCUAUGAAGGAGCAGAACAAGGCACUCACUCUGUACAUCAACAAGAUCAUCGAGCGUCUCCUGCAGCACCACGACUUCGAGUCUAUCCUCGAUCAGUCGGGCGACAUGAACCCACCCACGACGGGUGCAGGCGCGGCAGACACGAGCAAGGACCUGCCUCCGCCACCGCCCCCGUCGUCGGACAAGCCUCAGGCGGCGACAUCGUUCAUCCAGCGAGCCAAGUCGAUGGCGGGUGGAUCCAACCGGAUGUCCGCGGGCCCGCCGCCGCGUCCGAUGUCGUACAUACACUCGACGGCCAGCUCUGCACACACGGACCCAGACACGGCGCCCAGCAUCCCGAUCGGCAACCUGACGAGGUCAGCCAGCAAGCGCCACUCGCGGCCACGCAGCGAGCAGUACACGGGAUCCAGCAGCGGGGCCGUCAGCCUGGUGAGCCAGAUGUACAAAGGACCCGACGGGCCGACGUCGCCGACGCUGGGCAACCCGCGACACUCGCAGUCCUUCUUCGCGCCCGGCGUGCUCCCCAUCAACGGCGGCAACGCCAACUCGGCGGCGGCGGCGCGCGUGCCCAGCAGCAGCGGCAGCGUAAACGGCAGCCAGCACCAGCCGUCGUCAAGCGGCAACUUCCCGGGGAUGCGCAGCGAGACGUCCAGCGUCAGCGGAGACUCGGCGGGAGACCUGUCGACGCCGCCGUCGCAGUCGCCGCCCCGCUCUCACUCGGACAAGGGAACCACAUUCACCGGCGGAAAGCCCCGUCCUCUCAGGCUGGUGCAGGAAAACCCCGAGGUGGGCGGGGUCAAGGAGAACAAGAGGGCGAGCUGGAUAUCCGGAUGGAGCAACUGGGGUAAGAAGGAGGAAGGGUCAUCGGGUGACCCGAUUCCUGAGUAG